UUACAUUCUCAAACAUUUUACCAAAAAACAUGGAAUUGGAGAAUUCAAAUAUGUUUGCAAUUUAGACAGUAUGAGUAUGAUCCAUAAUACCAUACAGAUAUUUGUUUGUGAUCAUUUUCAUUGUCUUAUUUUCAAUUACCAUCUUAUCGCCUUUCAAAUAAAAAUCGAAACUCUAGUAAACUAUAUGUUGUCUGGAACUGUAAUGUGCGGAAUAGGUCAUCAACAGAUGUGCCUUGGAAGCUCGGAACUUACAAGUUCGAAUUCCUUCGAAUAUGGCUACAUGUGUAUUGGCGAAGUUCCAACAACAAAGAAAGUCUAUUGUUUAAAGACACUAUAGAAACCUUUUCGGGAUUGAAGUUUAGAAAGCAUUUGAAAGUAGUUUGUUGCUUGCAUUUGAAAGAAGUUUGUUGUUUGCAUUUGAAAGCAUUCAAUUCAAUAGAAAGAUGAACAAUCGUUUUUUCAGAAAAUCAGAAAUCUGUUUAUGUUAUCGGAAGAACAGUCUGGAGUUACCUGUCCACUUUGAAACAUAACCAACCACCUACGAAUGGAAACAGGGAAAUGGCUAUUUAUCAUCUUUUAAACGCACACUUGUUUAAUGCUAAAGGAUCUACAUGGGUUUGAAUGACGACGAGUACUUGAGGUUGAAGAAUGAAGGAUCAGGGAGGGAGGUGUUUAUGCAGUGCCUCAAUGAUGAGAAGGGAGAUUUUCCUUAGAAUUCCUCUCAUGUUGAAUACAACAAGCUUAAGAAAGUUCUCAAAGGUUGUGUAGGGCCAUGAAGGGUUACUUUAGUUUUGUUGAUAAAGCUGAAGAGGGAAAAUUUUCAUCUAAGAUUUGUAGAUGUGAAGCUUGCUCAGGAAAAAGUAUUACAAAGUUGUUACAUCAGCUACUUCAUGGAAAGAAGAACGAAUAUAAAUCGAUUGAACAAUGAUACAUUGGAGGAAAUUUUCUCUUUGUUGUCAGUGAAAGAUAUAGCACUAAGCAAGUGCGUUUCCAAAAAAUGGCAAAUAAUCAUGUCUGAUUUUUCAUUCGUAUGCCGUUAUGCUUCAAAGUCGACGGGUAUUUCUGGACUGUUUUUACAGCAGCACGAAGGACUUUCUAAUUUUUUGAGAAAAUCGAUCGUUCAUGUUCCUGUUGAAUUGGAAUGCGGUCAAAUUCAGGAGAAUCUUCUAAACUUUCUUCCUGAAAGAGUUUCUAUAAUGUCUUCAAACAAUGGACUACUUUGCUGUCGGAGCUUUGUUAAUACAAAUAUAAGUAGCAUACCAGGUGGAAUUUCCGAAGGAUUUCGAUGGGGUAAAAUUGAUCCAAAACUUUACGUAUGUAACCCAACAAGUAAAGAGUUUAUUACAAUAAACCCUCCUGAAGAAGACCUUGGUGUAAGCAUUGGAUUAACUUUUGAUCUCAUUGAUAACAGUUUUCAGCUUGUAAUCAUCGAUUGUCAUCAGGAUUCGUGUUCGUCUGGUUACUUUACUUUCUCAAUCUUUUCAUCAGACACAUGGAGCUGGAGAAUCUCAGAAGAGAUCUGUAAUUGGAACACUACAGUCCACAUGAACAAGCAAGUAUUUGUUAGCGGUCGGUUCCAUUGGCUUACCUUGAAUCACCAUCUUAUCACAUUUCAAAUAAAAGACGAAGAAUCUGGAAUCAUUAAGCUCCCUGGACCUGAAAUGAAUGGAGAAGGGCACGAAGGGAUGUGCCUUGGAAGCUCUGAAGGACAUCUCAACUAUAUAGUUGUUAAUCCUUCAGAAAUCAGAAUUUGGGUUCUUAUAAGUUAUGAAAUACCAGAGUGGGUUUUGGCUAACAGAAUAAACUUGAUUCAAUUUUGUGGACAACAUUUGAGUCAAUUCCCUCAAUUAUUUUCACUUUUGCAAGAACAAAUGGAGAAUGAAGAGACAGAGGCUAAUACUACGGUUCUGCCACUAGCUUUCGAUGAAGAUGUUAUUUUUAUGGAAAUAGAUUGGGAUUUGUUCUCUUUUAAUCUUAAAACUGGUGCAUUGAAGAACCAUUGUUGCACGUUCAUGAUGCCUUGUGAUGUUUUUCUUUCUCCGACGGUACUUCCUUAUUCGGUAAACUUGGCUGCUCUGAAUGUUUUUAAAGGAAUAGGUCCAGGUGCGAGUACUAGUACAAGUAUAAAUGAUCACACCCCACAAAUCUACUAUUGAUGACUAAGUUAAGUGUGUGGGCCUUGUUAGCACCAUCUUGUUCCAAAUGUUAUGAGUAUUUUUAUAUUUUCAGACAAUGUUAUGUUUAAAGAAUUUCUGGUUGUUAGUUGUUCAA